GGUUUGCUCCACGCUGUCCACAACUAGUGUACACACAGACGGCGGGGAGAGAGGCUCUGCUCACGGGACACAAGUUACAACCAUAGCCGCCGUGUCACUUAAGAACUCAAAACAAGUUUGGAUACUCUGGCAAACACUUUGUGAACUGUCACUCUGAAUACUCGGAAAGAAGAAAGAAGUAAGUUUUGAUUCCUGUGUCAAGAAGUGCGCACUGACUCUGAUUUUUUUUUUUGGAGGCUUUUACGCACAGAUUGGACUUUUGGAAGCCGUUUCUUUCAAGAAGAAGUGAAGGGAGUGACGAAAAGUUGCUUUUGAAAGACUUUCUAGUGACUUUUACUCUCACUUCUAUGUAUACCAAGAUGGAAACUACUUUCUAUGACGACUCGGUCAACGCUUUCUCCCAGCACGACACCCCCGGCUACGGAUACAGCAACCCGAAAGCCCUGAAACACAGCAUGACCCUGAACCUGUCCGACCCCGCGGGCUCCAUGAAGCCCCACCUGCAGCGCAAGGCCGGGGAGAUGCUCUCCUCCCCGGACGUGGGUCUGCUGAAGCUGGCCUCCCCGGAGCUGGAGCGCCUCAUCAUCCAGUCCAGCAACGGGCUCAUCACCACCACCCCGACCCCCACACAGUUCCUCUGCCCCAAGAACGUGACCGACGAGCAGGAGGGCUUCGCCGAGGGGUUUGUCCGAGCCCUGGCCGAGCUGCACCACCAGCACAUGCCGGGCACCGCCGCCCCCCCGGCGGCCCAGGCCGGGGGGGCAUCCGACUCCCCCGUCUACGAGGACUUGAACACUUUCAACCCGGCCAUCAGCACCGUCUCGGCCCCCAGCUACACCCCCUCCGCCCCGGCCAUGUCCUUCCCCGCCGCCGCCCCGCAGCUGCCCGUCUACGGCCAGCAGCUGCCCCGGCUCUCAGCGCUCAAAGAGGAGCCCCAGACCGUGCCCGAGAUGCCGGGGGAGACCCCGCCUCUCUCCCCCAUAGACAUGGAGAGCCAGGAGCGCAUCAAGGCGGAGAGGAAGCGCAUGAGGAACCGCAUCGCCGCCUCCAAGUGCCGCAAGAGGAAACUGGAGAGGAUCUCGAGGCUGGAGGAUAAAGUGAAGAACCUGAAGUCCCAGAACUCGGAGCUGGCGUCCACCGCCAACAUGCUGCGGGAGCAGGUGGCCCAGCUGAAGCAGAAGGUGAUGAACCACGUCAACAGCGGCUGUCAGCUCAUGUUGACGCAGCAGCUCCAGACCUUCUGAGGGGCGUCAAAGUGCGCUGGAGAGACAGAGAGAGAGGGACAGAAACAGAACAGACUCUGGUUGAAAGAAACGGACGCUUUCUGUGGUGGCGUUGUCUCCCGAAAAACCAUGGCAGGGAUUUGGGAUGGAGCCGCACUGACGCUCCUGGAGUGCCCAGCGCUCUUCCCGGGGGCGCGUCCUAAAGACCGGCCCGGGACAGUGACAGGAGCCGUGGACCACCAGGGGCCGUGCAUGGCAGCGAGCAAGGACGCUUCUCUGUUUCUGUUUGGGUUUUUACAGACAUGGGCAGGACUGACGUUUUCUUGAUUGAUAUAGCCGGCUCUGCACGAACCUUAUCAUUAUAUCAAAGGAGAAGAUCAGUAUUAAGAGGAAUCAAGAGCCUGCAGAGACUUUUUUCUUGCUGUAGCCAUAAUGGCCUCAAAUAUGGGCGUGUUGUCAUAAAUAACUGAAAAGUUGAAACAAUUGCUGCCUGACUUCUGAGUUACAGUACAAAGUAAAACAUUUUUCUUAUUUGUAAGAAGUUCAGUUGGAAAAGCUUCAAAAUUGACUUUGUUUUUUCUAAAGCUGUUUAAUGGGGUUUCACUCAUUGUUAUAUGUACAUAAGAUCAACUUGGAGUACUUAAGUUUAUAAUUUGUAAUAAGAAUACUGUAUAUGUUUUUUUAUGUUUUUCUGAGCACU